AUGUUCCGUUUGGAGGAUGAGUUGAGGAGCCUUGUGGAACGUGGUGCCGAGUCUUUUGACUUGACUCAUGGUGAGUCAACCCAUCUUGAUUGCUCCAAUGAGGAUGAUUUUGGUGAAGAAGAUUCUAAUGUUGCAGUUCGAAUUAUCUUCCCAAGCGAGCGUGGCCUCUAUCUAGUAUUGCCUUCUCCUUCUUCGUUUUCCCUUCAUGAUUUUAAUCCUACACCUAUUCCCCAUCAGCCUACUGUCAGUCCUUCCCAAUCACUCAUUCCUCUUACUGAUAAUCUCAAUAUUUUUUCACCAGAGGCACAAUCUUCCCAUCCUAUUCCUCUGGAUGAGUCACAGCCUGCGCCUGAUGUUUCCCCUGAGGCACUUCCCUCUCACUCUCCUAUGUUAGCCGAUGACAAUAAUAUCGUUGCUUGUCUCGAUCGGGCAGAGGAUUUGCUGCAACAAUCUAUGUUCCGUUUGGAGGAUGAGUUUAGGAGCCUUGUGGAACGUGGUGCCGAGUCUUUUGACUUGACUCGUGGUGAGUCAACCCAUCUUGAUUGCUCUAAUGAGGAUGAUUUUGGUGAAGAAGAUUCUAAUGUUGCAGUUCGAAUUAUCUUCCCAAGCGACCGUCGCCUCUGUGAUCACGUGUUUUUAGGGCUCUCUUCCCACUAA